AUGCGACUAGAUUUUGACACAUUAGGAUGUUUAUAUCUAUUUGCGAUUCCCUUUGUAGUACAACCUUUCUUAUCUUGUUGGCUUACUCCUUAUGUCAAUGAUGACGAUGUUAGUGGAUAUGUGGAUGAGAGAUUUCAGAGUGUUCUAGAAGCUUUCCGAAGAAAUUUCGGUCAAGGAGAAGAAAGAGACGGUGCUGCGUUUGCAGUUUAUUAUAAAGGACAGGAAGUUGUGAAUCUUUGGGGUGGAUAUGCAGAUAAAGAAUCACAGAGAAAAUGGAAGGAAGAUACGAAGACUGUGAUGUUUUCUGCAUCGAAAGCCAUCAGCUCUAUUGUAAUCGCGAUUAUGGUAGAUCGUGGCUAUCUGAAUUAUGAUGACAGAAUAAUCGAGUACUGGCCAGAAUAUGGAAAAUAUGGAAAGAAUGGAACAACUGUUGAAGAUGUUCUUUCUCAUAAAGCCGGACUCCCAUAUCUCAGUGACACAGUUUCUAUAGAAGAUGUCAAAAAUGGAUGGAAAAUUAUGGAGAAAGUGGAGAACUCAGUUCCUGCAUGGACACCUGGAACCGCGUCUGGAUAUCAUGCAGUUACUUUUGGAUUCAUUUUAGAUGGACUGGUUAGAAAAGCGGAUCCACAAGGAAGAGACAUCAAGGCAUUUUUUGAGGAGGAGAUUGCUCAGCCUUAUGACCUCGACAUUCAAAUCGGCGCCAAAAAGUCAGAAGCUCCAUAUCUGACCCGAUUGACUAUGCCUUCUCUCUGGGAGUUUACGAGAGAUAUCAUCAAAGAUCCAAAGAUUCUUAUUAUGUUAGGACUCAUGUAUGUCAGAUUUGACACUUUAGUCGAUAAGAUGAGAUCCAAUCCAGAUUGGUUGUUGGUCAAUUAUGACACCAUGGUUCUGAAUGAUCCAGAAAUAGUGUCUCUGAACCUUCCAGCUGUAACUGCUGUUGCCAAUGUUCGGGAUGUUUCGAGGUUACUGUCAAUGAUCGUGGAAAAAGAAAUAAUAUCCAACACGACUCUUCUAGAAAUCUCCGAACCUACACUGAAUAGUUGGCAUUUGGAGAAAGUGACCAUCUGGCCAGUUAUCAAAGGACAUGGAUUUUUCUACGAGAAGCACCCAUUAGUCCCGGGAGCUUUUACAUUUGGUCAUCCUGGUUAUGGUGGUCAAUUUGUUCAUAUGGAUACAGAAUCUCAAAUAUCCAUAACCUACCUUUCGAAUGGGUUGAAAACAGGAACUGGAGAAUUGUGUGGAACUUAUAUGCGAUUAUUCAAUGAAGUUUAUAAUAGUGUACGAAGGAUUGAAGAGGAUAAUGGUUCCUUAUUGUGA